CAAAAUCAAAAUCAAAAUCAGGGAAGAUAAUUCUCACGUUCUCCAUCACUUUCCCUCGAUCCAAACCAGAGCAAGGAGUAGGAACUACACGCGAAUCAUGUCUGCGUAAUGUGAUGCAUGGAGUGUGAAUUUUGAAAUUCGAGGAAGAAGACGAAAUCGGAGCAUUGUUGGAUUUGGAUCGAUUUUUGGAAGUUUGAAGAAGAAGGGAGAGAGAUAGAUGAUGGCUUCGGAUCCAAAACUGAAGGCUGAGAUCGGACCUGAUGGUAUUGCAAGAGAAGCUCCUGUUAUUGCUUACACAGAGAAGAUAAUCGCGGAAGAGCAACUUCAGUUGAGGAAAUACAUUGAGGAGAACUAUACAAAGAUUAGGGAUGUUGAAAAGGAAUUUGGAAACCUUACAAUGGAAAUGAAACUCACUGCUGGACCUAAGAAAGCAGCAAUGGAACACUUGAGAAAGAAAAUUGAAGUCGCUACUGAAAAGAUCCAUGUUGCUAAGUUGAAAGAAGAAGAAGCGCGGAAGGCAUUUGAAGCAGCAUCAAAAGUUGUGAAGGAUGAAGAAGCAUUAAAACAGACUCUUUGCGAAGAUUUAAACCGUCUGGUACAAGAAAGCAGCAAUACGCAGUACGCCAGACUUGAGGAAUUGAAAAGAAGACUAGAAGCGUUGAAUCCAAAUAGAUCAUCUACUUCUAUUCAGCAAGUCCAAGAACCAGAGACUAAAUCUGUAGUAGAAAGCUCACCAGCACCCAAUGGUAAUCAGACACAGACCCACCCUGAAAAACAAGAAAAUAACCAGGGAAAGGAGGAAGGAGGUAGAGAACAUGGACAGAGGCCAGCAACAGCAGAAGGAGAAUCAAAAACGAAAAAGAAACCACAGAAUCAAGGAAGGGGAAGAGGAAUCGGAAUCAUGAACAAAGGCAGAGGAGGUUGGACAGGUGCUGGAUUCGAUGUCGAUGGUAGAAAUUAAGAUAGACAUAUAUCUAUAAUACACUUAAUAUACAUUCGAAAGCUGCGGUUUCCAAUCAGAAGAAAGUCGCAUAUAUUGUUUACAAGGUACGUUACAUUCAUCUUCUAAUAUCAGUGGACCUGUCCCGUAGCAACAGAGAACUCUCAGUUUCAAAUAUACUUGUGUUACUGAAUUGAAAAACCAUUCAGUCACAUUUGGGUUUUCAUCGAUCAGUCUCUUGAGGUUAGGUCUCUAAUUUUGUACAACUGGGUUGAUGUAAUGAUCUGAGAACAGUUAAGAAUUUUAUAUUUGUCUACGA